AUGAUUGGCUGUUGCUGCGCGGACUCCACUCUGCUUCCCUCGUCUCCACAAUCGUCCGGCUUCUUUUGGCUCGUGUUCGGACUCCUCUCUGCGGCUUCCCCCUCGGAGCAGACGGACGCGAGGGAGAUUCCAGGGAGACUCCAGGAGGAAGCAUGGGAUUAUGGGAAUGAGGAUCUGACCGGCAGGGUUCAAAAGAAGAACAAGAUGGCGGCCCCUCCGCUGAUACGAGCUCCCAGCCCUCUGCCGUUGUUUCCCGCGGCGACGGAGGAAGAGGGCGGGGCCAAUCCACCAGGGGCCGUGGUCUCCUUCCACAUCCAGAUCGGACUCAGUCGAGAACCGGUUCUACUGGACUCUGCAGAUCUGAGUCUGGGACAAGUGCGAGAGGUGGCCUGCUCCAUCAUCGACCAGAAGCUGCCGGAGUGUGGCUUUUAUGGGAUGUACGAGAAGAUCCUUCUGUUCCGUCACGACUCGACCUCAGAGAACGUUCUGCAGCUUCUGCGCUCAGCCUCACAGAUCCAAGAUGGAGACCUGGUGGAAGUCAUUCUCUCCGCCUCAGCCACCGUGGAGGACUUCCAGAUCCGUCCUCACUGUCUCUUCGUCCACUCGUACAGAGCCCCCGCCUUCUGUGACCACUGCGGCGAGAUGCUGUGGGGGCUGGUCCGACAGGGACUCAAGUGUGAAGGUUGUGGGCUGAAUUAUCAUAAGCGCUGUGCCUUUAAGAUCCCCAAUAACUGCAGCGGCGUGCGGCGACGGCGAGGGUCCAAUGUGUCUCUGGGAGGCCUGGGAGGCCUGGGAGGUCUGGGAGGUCUAGGACUGGGAGGACCCUCUCCUCCACACUACACAGAUGAGGCUCUGCUGUCUCCAGUCAGCCCCAACAUGGAGAAGUCUCCGGUGGACUUCCUGGGGGGCCGUGAGCGCAGGGCCAGCUGUCAGUCGUACAUCGGGCGUCCUAUUGAACUGGACAAGAUGCUGCACAGGAUCAAAGUCCCUCACACCUUCCUCAUCCACAGCUACACCAGGCCCACGGUCUGUCAGCUCUGCAAGAAACUGCUCAAGGGACUGUUCCGACAGGGACUGCAGUGCAAAGACUGCAGGUACAACUGUCACAAACGAUGUGCCGCCAAAGUCCCCAACAACUGUCUGGGAGAAGUGACCAGGAACGGAGAGCUGCUGAGUCCCGGGGCGGAGUCUGACGACCAUGAAGGCGGCAGGAGAGCGAGCCUAUUGGACGAUAUGGAGGAAGUGAUGUCAUCGGAGGGCGCCCUUCUGCUGGAGACCGGUACAAACGACGAUCCGGAUCUGGACGAAUCCAACCGAGCGAUCAGUCCCACGACCAGCAACAACAUUCCUCUGAUGAGAGUUGUGCAGUCGGUCAAACACACAAAGAGGAGGAGCAGCAACGUGAUGAAGGAGGGAUGGAUGGUCCACUAUACCAGCAAGGACACUCUGAGGAAGAGACAUUACUGGCGCCUCGAUAGCAAAUGCAUCACUCUGUUCCAAAACGACGCCAGCAGCAAAUACUACAAGGAAAUACCGCUGUCCGAGGUGCUGACGCUGGAAGCUGCCCAGAACUUCUCUCUGCUGCCGGAAGGAGCCCACCCUCACUGCUUCGAGAUCUCCACCUCAGCUUUAGUUUACUAUGUAGGAGAGAACUUGACCAGAGCUGAGACUGGACUCAGUGGGAGCAGUCUGCUGGUGAGUGGUGUGGGGCAGGACGUGGCGAGGAUGUGGGAGAUGGCGAUCCAACACGCUCUGAUGCCCGCGGUGUCGACAGGAAUCGCACACAACAAUCACAAACACACUGAAGUCUCCGUCAGCAUCUCGGUGUCCAACUGCCAGAUCCAGGAGAACGUGGACAUAAACUCAGUGUACCAGAUCUUUCCAGAUGAGGUUCUGGGAUCUGGACAGUUUGGAAUCGUCUAUGGAGGGAAACACAGGAAGUCGGGGCGAGACGUGGCCAUUAAAAUCAUCGACAAGAUGAGGUUCCCCACGAAACAGGAGUCACAGCUGCGGAACGAGGUCGCCAUCUUACAGAGCCUACAGCACCCUGGUGUGGUGAACCUGGACUGUAUGUUUGAGACUCCAGAGCGAGUGUUUGUGGUAAUGGAGAAGCUUCACGGAGACAUGUUGGAAAUGAUUCUGUCGAGUGAGAAAGGACGACUCCCAGAGCGCAUCACCAAGUUCUUUGUCGCACAGAUCCUUGUGGCUCUCAGACAUCUUCACUUCAAAAACAUCGUUCACUGUGACCUGAAGCCGGAGAACGUCCUGUUGGCCUCUGCUGAUCCCUUUCCUCAGGUGAAGUUGUGUGACUUUGGCUUUGCUCGCAUCAUUGGGGAGAAGUCGUUUAGACGCUCGGUUGUCGGGACUCCGGCGUAUCUGGCUCCUGAGGUUCUGCGCAACAAGGGCUACAACCGCUCCCUGGACAUGUGGAGCGUGGGGGUCAUAGUCUAUGUCAGUCUCAGUGGAACUUUUCCUUUUAAUGAAGACGAAGACAUUAACGAUCAGAUCCAGAACGCAGCAUUUAUGUAUCCACCUCAACCCUGGAAGAAGGUCUCACAAGAAGCCAUCGACCUGAUCUCAAACCUGCUGCAGGUGAAGAUGAGGAAAAGAUACAGCGUCGACAAAACCCUCAGUCAUCCCUGGCUCCAGGAUUACCAGAUGUGGGUGGAUCUGCGGGGGCUAGAGAUGAGAAUGAGUGAACGUUACAUCACACACGAGAGCGACGACCUUCGCUGGCUGCACCACGCCCAGACGACAUGUGCUCCUGACCGCUACGCUGAGGCCGAGGAGGAGCUGGAGACGCUGACUCACCUUCAACUCAAGAAACAAGACCCAGACUGUGUGGACCCAGACUGUGUGGACCCAGACUGUGUGGACCCAGACUGUGUGGACUCAGACUGUGUGGACCCAGACUGUGUGGACCCAGACUGUGUGGACCCAGACUGUGUUUGCAGAGACAGAGGACAGUGA